AUGGUCAAACUUGACGUCUCACUCCUUCGCUUUCUUGAAAAUGAGGAUUUUCGAGUGCUUACGGCGCUUGAAAUGACUAUGCGAAAUCAUGAUGUGGCUCCUACUGCACUCAUUGAGCGAAUUGCGCAACUUCCACACGGCGGGUGCCGCAAACGACUACAGAACCUUCUUAAACACAAAAUGAUUCACCACGAAAACACCAUGUAUGACGGGUUUGCCAUGAAGUACACCGCAUACGAUUAUUUGGCGCUUAGCACGUUGAGCAAACGUGGCACUGUUGCGGGUGUAGGCCACCGCAUUGGUUGUGGGAAGGAAUCUGAUAUUAUCCUCGUUCAAGACGAAGCGGGUCGUGAGUGUGUGCUGAAGCUUCAACGCCUCGGCCGCUGUAGUUUUCGUACUGUCAGUCGUAACCGCGAUUAUAAAAAUGGACGGCGUCGGCAUGGUGAGAGUUGGUUUUAUCUUUCACGUCUGGCGGCAGAGAAGGAGUAUGCAUUCAUGCGAACUCUUUAUGACGAAGGUUUCCCAGUGCCUAAACCAAUUGAUCAAAACAGACAUGCUCUGCUAAUGGAGUUAGUGGGCGGAACGACCCUUAACAACAUUAACGUUUUGGGUGAUGCCGAGUUGGUAUAUCGUCGUUGUCUUGAUCUGAUGGUAAAACUUGCUGAGCAUGGCCUUAUCCAUGGUGAUUUUAACGAGUUUAACCUUAUGGUAACCGAAGAAUUACGAGUGAUUGUUAUAGACUUUCCGCAGAUGGUGUCGACCAAUCAUCCCAACGCUAGUGAUUUGUUUGAUCGGGACGUUCAUAAUCUUGCCAAUUUUUUUCAUCGUCGUUUUAAAGUAAAAACGUUGUUUUACCCGACGCUUGAGAACGACGUUAUUCGUAAAGGAGAUUUGGAUCGUGUGGUGUUUGCAAGCGGAUGCUUCAGCAGGAAACAGCAAAGUGAACUCGAACGACUACUGGAGGCCCAACAGGUAAUUGAAGCCGAUGAAACCGAGAGUGAAAGCGGUGGCGAAGAGGACAAUACAGAGGAGAAACGCGUAAAAGAACCGGUGGAAGUGGAAGGAAAUGAUUCUGCUGAAAGGGAUGCAGGUGCAAAAAUUUCUUAUGCAGACCUCGAAGUUGUAUGUGAUGAGGCAAAAACAGGAGAGGAUGAUAGUGAAGUAGGGGAUGAAGAAUCCGAUAGCGAUGCGCGCUCCAUUGACAGUGCAAUAAAUGUGGCUGCUCAACAGCGUAGGCAGCAGCACUUGAAUCCGAACUACCUCCCAGAUGGUACUCUUAAUGAAUCGCACGUACGGUCGGAAGUUAGACGUCGCAUUCGUCGAAAAGAUAAUCAACAGUUCGACAAGGGUCUCCACCGUAACGUGCAGAAAGGACGUCAAAAGCAGAAAAUACGUAGGAAACUGAAGCAUGCGGAAAAUGAAGGACUCUUUGACUAA